UAUUUUAUUCCAAAGCACAAUCACAUUUAACCAAGUCUCUCUUAUGGUAUCCAUAUUAACUAGUAUUUUAAAGAUUAAAUAUUUGCUUUCAAGACAAAUAGCAACAGUAUAGGCUAUAAUCAAGCCAUAUUUUUUUUUUUUUUCAAAGAUUAUAUACAACUAUUAGUCACAAACAAUGUUGUGGGAAGAUUACAGGGAUGCCAUGAAGGUUUUAAAUGCUAUAAAGAAGACAGCAUUAAUAUUAAAGUGUCGUUAAAGGCGUUCAUAAAUAGGCUUAUCCAAAGUUUAUGUGGGCUAAUCUCUCCUCUCUCUCUCUCCUCUCUCUCUCCUCUCUCUGUGAAAGUGUCUCUCUCUCUAAGAAUAAAGCCAUGGCUCCACCUCUUUAUGAUAAUGUGACAGUAGCAUCUCCAGCUCAGGAGACAAGCCUCCUCUCUCUUUCUCUCAUUCAACUAUGUGAUGUGUUUUUACACACACGGACCCUGACUCCUCUCCUCUCCUCUCUCCUCUCCUCUCUCCUCCACUCAAUGCGCAGCGCCUUUACGCAAAGAAACCCGAAGUUACUUUCUUAUAAAUAGUUGUACUUUAGAAGUUUACUUUUGUUUCGAAUCCUCGGACAUGGCUACCAUGGCAACUCCGGCUGCUCCGGCUCUCCUCGGUCACCACCCGGCUCAGAGCUCCGUCUCCCCGGCAACCACCAACUCUCCGCCGCCUGCGGCCGCUUCCUCUCCGGCUCCUCCGGUGGCGACGCACCCGGCGCUGCUCCACCAGUUCCGGGCGGACCUCUUGCUCGCUAACGGAGCUCCAGUGUCCAGCAGCAGCAGCGCUAAGCCGGUGUACGCCACCCCGUCGCCCGUGGAGAGCACGCCGCAGAACAACGAGUGCAAACUGGUGGAGGUGAAAGGUGCCAAGCUGGCCUCGUUCACGGUCAAAGACACGGAGCUCAUCUGCCUGCCGCAGGCUUUCGACGUGUUUCUCAAGCACCUGGUCGGCGGGCUGCACACCGUCUACACCAAGCUGAAGCGGCUGGACAUUGCCCCCGUGGUGUGCAACGUGGAGCAGGUCCGGGUGCUGCGGGGGCUCGGGGCCAUCCAGCCCGGGGUGAACCGGUGCAAACUCAUCUCCAGGCAGGACUUCGAGACGCUCUACAGCGACUGCACCAACGCCAGUUCGAGGCCGGGACGACCGCCCAAGAGGCUGCAGAGUGUGACAGAGGGCGGGACGCACCACAUGCUGUCCCACAGCGGUCUGAUGCACGCUGGGAUCAUACCUCCUGCAGGUGACCACCCAGGACUCACCACGCACAUACACUACAUAUAUCUGUCUGCCCUGGCCAAGAAGAUCAAGCUAGAGGCGAUGGCCAGUUACCACAGCAACCAGCAACAUGGCGGGCCAAACGGAGAGAACGGUGACCACAACCACGGACUGGUUCUGGAUCAGUUGCCCUUCAUGAUGAUGUCACAUCCUCUGAUCCCUGCCAGCCUGGCCCCGGCCUCCGUUUCCAUGGCGAUGGGCCAGAUGAACCGACUGAGCACGCUGGCCAGCAUGGCCAACGUGGCGCAGCUCCACGCCAAGCCCCCUGCCAGGGCUCCCACCUCCGUCAUUAAGGAGCGAGUGCGUGACAGCCCCUCCCCUUCUCCCUCAAUGGAGGAAGCUCAGAUGUCAUCCAAUCACAGCAGCAGUGUGUCCAGUUCACCGUCUCACACAGAACGCACUGCAGAAACCACACACCCACAUGAUGACGGCCUGUCAUCAAGUCACAAUGUGUUGGGACACUCACCUGGUGUGGUGCAUGGGGCCAGAGAGACAGAUGGGACCUCAGUGGAGUACAGCAAGGAGAACAAGAGGGGCCACACUGACAGAGAUACCAGCUCCUUGGCCACUCAGACAACCAGGGAGAGCUGUGAUCGACAAGUCUACCAGAAACCCCCAUCGGGCUGCGAGAGGGUAUCUUACCCCGCAGGACAGAAGCUCCCAGCAGGUCUCCACCACGCUCCCUUCAUCUUCCCGGAAGGCUUGUCCUCCAUAGAGACCCUGCUCACGAACAUCCAGCAGGGUCUGCUGAGGGUUGCCAUAGAGAACGCCCGGGCGCAGGAGAAGCAGGACCAGAUGGAGAGGACGGAGCUGAAGAUGGAGCUGGUCCGAGAGAGGGAGCUCAGAGAGACCUUGGAGAGACAGCUCAGCAUGGAGCAGAAAAACAGAGUUCUGAUCCAGAAGCGCCUGAAGAAGGAGAAGAGGAGUAAGAGGAGACUACAGGAGGCCCUGGAGGAGGAGGUGAAACUGCGUGACCAGGCAGAGCACACCCUGCUGCACACUGCCAACACACACACAGAAUCUGUGACCCAGGACGUGGACGGGAGCAGUCACGAUGACAACAGGCUGGACACCACCAAGGCAACAGUACAAGACUGGAUUUCUUUCUGGAUUUCAGAGGGUAGAGUGUUCCUGCAGACCACCGGGAUGUACUGAAGACGAGGUGGAAUAAAUGGACGGAUGAAUGGAUAGAAUGGAAGAACGGAGUGACGAAGACUCCUCACGUAUGAGAAACACAAUCGACAGGCAUGCUCGGUCGCUCAGUGGCACCCAACAUACACAUCUCCGCCUCCCCGAGAGGACUCCCCUACGCUCCAAGGGUGACAUUUGAACUUUCCCAUUGUUCUCUUGUUUAAUUUAUUGCAUUCAUCAGCGGCCGUAGUGGGAACAGUACUUUAUUCCGAUGAUGUGUUUGACUGUGUUUCUUUCAAUCAAGGUUUUUAGAUCCUAGAUGAAGAUGACCAUUAGUUGUUUUUUUUUGUCAGUGCUGUUUAUCUGGACACAAGUGAUGAAUAUAACUUGUACCAGAGUUGUGUACAUAUACAGAAUAUAGUCAUUUCAUUUUUGUUAUUAUUAUUAUUAUUAUUAUUAUUAUUAUUAUCACAAAAACAUAAUGGCAUGUUGUACAGUCAGUAAAUGACUUGUAUUGUGUAUGUUAUGCAGUAGUGCAGUUUGACAAUACAAAACAAUACAAAUCCUUUUUAUUA